AUGGGAAAAUCUCAGUCCAAGCUCUCUCAGGAGCAGCUCAGCGAACUGCAGCGAUCAACCCACUUUGACAAGAAAGAACUCCAGCAAUGGUAUAAAGGUUUCCUAAAGGACUGCCCAUCGGGCAUGCUCACCAAAGAAGAAUUCCAAAAGAUCUAUCGGCAAUUCUUCCCCUUUGGAGACCCCUCGUCGUUCGCGGAUUAUGUGUUUAAUGUAUUCGAUUCUGAUAAAUCUGGCUCAAUCGAUUUCAAGGAGUUUAUCUGCGCGUUAAGUGUCACCAGUCGCGGGAAGAUGGAAGAUAAACUGGACUGGGCAUUUCAGUUAUACGACAUUGACGGGGACGGAAAGAUCAGUUAUGAUGAGAUGUUGGCGAUCGUAGAAGCUAUUUACAAAAUGGUCGGCUCAAUGGUCAAACUCCCAGCAGACGAAGACACACCCGAAAAACGAGUAAAAAAGAUUUUCAGAAUGAUGGACAAGGACGAGAACGGCAGUUUGGAUAUGGAAGAAUUCAAGGAGGGCAGCAAACGGGACGAGACCAUUGUAUCUGCGCUCUCCCUGUAUGAUGGCCUUGUUUGA